UCUCUUGAAAGUACUCGUAGAUCUUACCACAGUCACUCUUUUGUCAUGCUUGCUUGAUCAUGUUUCGCGACAGUUUUCUGUAUGCUUGGGCCGUCGUGCAGGUUUGCAUGCGCGUAGCUCACGCCCUGGACUGCCACUCCCUCAUCGGCCUCACCAUCUCCUCGCCGUCCGAUGUCGCCGCCCUCAACAAAUGCACAAACAUCACCGCCCCGGUUACUAUCAACUCCUCCGCGCCGCCAGACAUCCAGCUCAACGGGCCGAAAGCCCUGGCUACGCUAAACGCCACGGCGGCAAAGUCACUUCACUCAAUAUCUUCUUCGACCCUGGUCGAGAUUGGUAGCAUCACGCUAACCGAUCUGCCUACCUUUCACUCGCUUAACUUUUCUGCGUUGAUUGUUCUAGACGCGUUGGCAUUGGAAAAUCUUCCGGCCCUGGAUGAUGUCACGUUUGGAGGGCUGGGGCCAAGAAGUGUGGUCAGUGUUGUUAACACGGCGCUGGAGAGCGUGGAGUGGGUGGAGUGGCCUGUUUCUACCUCUUUGAAUAUCUCGUCCAACGCGGAUUUGGAGGAGAUAAGUCUGCCGUGGGACAGCGUCGACGGUGCUGUAUCUAUCAGCAAUAAUGAGAAGUUGGACAGGUUGGAUGUAAGAGGUAUGAAGAGCAUCACGGGGUCAUUUACGGUGGAGGAGAACGAUGGACUGAAAACUCUUGCGUUUGGGUCGCUGGAGAGCGUGAAGGGUGACGUGCAGCUCAGCGGCAGCUUCGCCAACAUAUCGAUGCCUAUGCUAAAGAAGGUUACCGGUACCCUGGCCAUCUCGUCCAAAGAGGACAUUGACGCUUCCUGCGCUGAGAUAGUCAAGGUUGACGAUAGUGGGAAGGUCAAUUGCACACCCAACGCACAGUCUCAUCCCCCAGCAUCCCCCACACCGUCGAACAGCCCAGGAAAUCCGCCGUCGCCAUCUUCCUCCGCCACCCCAGAUGAAGGCGAAGACACAAGCGACCUAGCCACCGGCGCCAAGAUUGGCAUCGUCACCGCCGCCGUGAUCCUGGGUCUUUUCCUCGUCGUCGGCGGGGUGUUUUUCUUCCGCGCGAGGUCGCGCGGCAAAGUCCGCGAAAUCGUCAUAUCGGCGCCCAUUCCUGUCCCGCCACAUACAACAUCUUCAGGGCAGAGUGUGAAGAGUGUGGGGAGUAUAAGUGUGGGGGAAGUGGAGCGUGCGGAGGCGAAGGUCGUGGGCAGGAGUGCGGGGGGUUUGAAGCUUAUUUUGAACGGGGAAGAGAUGAGGGAGGUCGAUAUGGCUGGGGCUAGGGUGGAAGGGGGAGGGGUUGGGAUGGAGAGGGAGGCGAGCUUGAGUAGUGUGAGUAGUAUGGGGAGUAAGGUGCCGCUUGUGAGGCGUGCAUAG